UUGGCUUUGUCGUGACAUUAGCAACUUUAUCAUGCUAUUACUUGUUACCAGUGCUCCAAGCAACCUUUCAUCCGCAAAAAUGAGCAAGGGAUGUAAUAGUAAGACAGUGAUACCUGAAAUAGAUAUCUUCACAAGUCCGCCAAACCGCACUUUAACAAUAGGUGCAGCUAUUAGCUUGACUUGCAUAGCGUGGCCAAGGAAUGUCGACCGACUAUUUCCCAGGAGAUGGACCAAGUAUAUUCAGUGGUAUGAUCCUCAGGGUAAACCAGUUGGAACCAAAUGCCUGCAGGGCACACCAGCAGUGAGAAAACUAAGCUGCAGAUUAAUGCUGCAGAGGCUGACUUUGGAACAGUUCGGCAGCUACACUUGUGAGGCGGAGAAUGAUUAUGUCGAAUAUUGUAGGCAAAGUACUGUCGAAAUAAAACUGCAAGCUUUCCUGGCACCACAGAUCGUCGAGGAUCCUAAGAACCAAACUGUUGAUGCCGGUUUCAACAUAACCUUUAACUGCACUGCCAAAGGUCAUCCCAUGCCAUCUAUCAAAUGGAUAAAGAACGAUAACUCACUUGCUAUUCGUUCCAACCCACGAAUUAAUGUCAGUCAAACUGACCUCGACGACGUGCAAAUUCAUAGCCAGCUGAUUAUAAAGGAUGUAAAGAGGGAAGAUAAUGGAAAAUAUCACUGCUUAGCAAAUAACAGUGAAGGAGAAAAGGCAUCAAACCCGGCAUUCUUGUCCACAAAAGAUUUAGCUUUCUUUGCACCACAGAUCGUCGAGGAUCCUAAGAACCAAACUGCUGAUGCCGGUUUCAACAUAACCUUUAACUGCACUGCCAAAGGUCAUCCCAUGCCAUCUAUCAAAUGGAUAAAGAACGAUAACUCACUUGCUGUUCGUUCCAACCCACGGAUUAAUGUCAGUCAAACUGACCUCGAUGACGUGAAAAUUCAUAGCCAGCUGAUUAUAGAGGAUGUAAAGAGGGAAGAUGAUGGAAAAUAUCACUGCUUAGCAAAUAACAGUGAAGGAGAAAAGGCAUCAAACCCGGCAUUCUUGUCCACAAAGGAUUUAGACGGCAGGGCGAGGAUCAUUGAGGAUCCAGUGAACCAAACAGCUUUUGUCGGUUUCAAUGUGACCUUUAACUGUUCUGCCUCUGGUCUUCUCAAGCGAAACAUCACAUGGGUCAAGAACAAUAAUUCGCACGCUGUUAACUCAAACCCAAGAGUAAAAGUAAUUCGCAUUCCACUAGAUGGCGAAGGCAUCCUGCAGAGCCAGCUGUCAAUAAAAGAAGUGAAGGAAGAAGAUAAAGGCAAAUACUAUUGUGUUGCGAAGAGCAGCGCUGGGGAAAUAGAGUCGAAAUCUGCUUUCCUUUUCAUUAAACAUUUAGCCUCGCCAAGAAAGGAACGACAACAUUCAGUCCCCCUGAUUAUAGUGCUUAGUGUGUUUGGUGGUACCAUAAUCACAUUCAUGUGCGGAUGCACUAUGGCAUUUUUUUAUCGACGCGCAAGAACAAAUGAAGAGCAGCGUAACAUAGAUAAGGAAGAGAUUUAUGUGGCAUGCAUAUCCAAUAAAGAUUUGGCUGAGGGGAUGCCGAAAGAUACGAAUGCUGAUACGAAAGGAAGAGUGCUUUCAGAGGCAAAUGCUAUGCCUCCGCUGGUAGAUGCUGAAAAGAAAAAUACUGAUGCGCUGAACAAAAAAAAACACAAACAAGACGACGGGAAUGUUGCCUCGAUACCAAGAGUAUCGUCCAAGGGAAGAAAGACUCUCACUCCAUCAGAUGUUGGAGAUAAACAUUUCAGAAAUCCCAUCUUUGACAAAAAAGGUCAUGCAGAAGAAUUUUUAAUCUCACGAAAUAGUCAUCUAGAUGUCGAAGAUGGCUGUAGUCACUGCGAUAUCAACAAGAUUUUGUAUCCAGACAAUAGGAUGGAUGAGGACGACGGAGAUAGCGACGAAAUGCAAAAAUCUGUCUUCGUCAAGCUAGAAGAAAGCGAAAAAGACCGAGGCAAUCUCGAAGUACUCGAUGAGGUACUUGGAAGAGGAGAGUAUGGAAUCGUUUACAAAGGUCGCUAUGGUGGAAGGAACGGUAGCAUUACUGAUGUUGCAGUUAAGAAGUUGAAAGGUAAUGCAAAUACUCUUGCGAAAGCUGCGUUGCUAAAUGAGAUAAAGACGCUGAAGCAAGCUGGACGACAUCCGAACAUUGUCAAUCUAGUUGGAACAUGGAGACAAGGAGAAACUAUUUUUGUCGUCACCGAAUUGGUCCACGGUGGUAGCCUUGAAAGUCUUUUGAAGUGUAAGGAGGACGAAAGUAACGAAUAUGCGAAUGUGGUCUGUGAGCUGAAUGACCGACAGCUGUUGAGAAUUGCAUUACAGGUGGCCUUGGGAAUGCAACAUUUAGAAGAGAAGAAGUGCAUUCACCGCGACCUUGCUGCGAGAAAUGUUUUUAUCGAUUCAAACAUGGUGGCUAAAGUCGGAGACUUUGGCUUAGCCAGGGAAAUCUUGGAGGAUGGAUUAUACGUCAAAACCUCAUGUGGUAAAAUUCCUUGGAGAUGGUCGUCUUUAGAAUCUCUACGAGAUCGAGUUUAUACAUCCAAGAGCGAUGUGUGGUCGUUUGGCAUACUACUUUGGGAAAUAGCAACAUAUGGUGAUUCACCAUACCCUGACAUCGCAACACCACUUGCCUUGGUGAGUCGGCUUUCUACGGGUUACCGGAUGCCACGUCCUGACCAAUGCUCGGAAGAAUUGUAUACGCUGAUGGGAUCCUGUUGGAACGAAAAUCCUUUGAUGAGACCUUCGUUUGCUGACAUCGUAGAUCGGCUGGAAUACUUCUUACGAGAAGUAAAGAGGACAUAUAUUAACAUCACAGAAGAUGAAAUCAGUGGCAGAUUUGAAGUGAAGUAGAAGCAAAGAGUGCUUGAGAGUGUGUUCAUAGAUCGAGCAAUAUUUUAGUUCACAACCUAGGAACAUUCGUCCUCCUAUCUGAAAUUAACUUAAACGUGUCGCAUUGAGCUUGCUGCACUAUAACAGUUCUUAAAAUCAUCAGGCGACAGCACUUAGAGUCAUUAAAAUCUUACACACAAUCGUAUAAUCAUAGAAUAUUUGGUUUUGUAGAAUGUAUGAACCAUAUUAUUUAGGAGAGUUCUUAUUCGUCUUGUUACGUGAAACAAAGGUGCAUAUAGAAUACUGAUUUCCCCGAAAAUGAAUCGAGAUCCAAAUCUUCUGAUUUUGCGCAUAAGGAAACUUAUGAAAGGUAAAUCUAGAUAAAAAGUCUUUGCUGAAAAGUAUCUCAAGUAUAUGCUUCAAGGCCUGUAAAACUUGCUCUAAUAGAUUUGUAUUAAAAGAUGUUGCUAUGUUUGUUAGCUAAAGAAACUCGAUCUUGUUUUCCUUUUUUAUGAUUUGUAAAUCCUUUUAAAGUUAAUAAAAUGUUUAAUCCCA